UUCCGAUAAUCAGAAUCCUGACCAUGUCUCUCUCUCUGGCCCUUGUGGCAGGCCUCCUGCUGGGCCAAGCCUCGGCCGGUUCCUCCUCUGCCGUGGCCAGCAGCAGUUACAUUUACGUUCCUUCUACUACUGUCACUUGCUUUUCGGAGCUGGGCUUAACGUCGGUCGCUUCCAUCCCCACGACGAGCAUCACUCGCACGAUCCACGAUACGAACCCUGUGGUGGUAUACACGACUGUCCAGGACACAGUCACAGUGACUCCUGACACGACGACAGUGACGUUGACUGACUAUGAGACGGACACUAUCACUUCCACCGCUCUGACGGCCACAGACACCUUCUCGACGACCUCUACCGAGUAUGCCACGACGACUGUUACCAUCACCCCGACGCUCGUUACAUUCACGGAGACGACCGUCAUUGAGACCAGUGUCACCAGCACCGCCACCAUCCCUACUCCGGCCGGCUUCACGCCCAUCGUCGACACAGUGACCGCGACAGGAGCAGCCAACAAGCGCUCUCUUGAGCAGGAGGAGGACACAUGCGGCGGCCAGUGGGUGGACGACUACCAGUAUGCCACAGCAGUGGAAUGUGUGGCAAAGGUCACCGUUCAUACCACCACCACCUCGACCAUCACUGCUACACCUGCCACCUCCACGGCUGCCACGCCUACCGCGACUGCUACAGACACUGCGACAAUCACCAGCACCUCCACGGUGGUGCCUGGGGAUGUGUCGACGACGCUGAGCUACGGCACCACCUCAACCCUCACGGAGACCAGCACCGCAGCGACCCCGAUCACCACGCUGAUCGUCACGUCCACCAUCACGACGGGUGUGACCACUACUAGCUUCUACGCCGCCUGCGCGACGAACAACAUCGCCGGCGCGCCGCUCUCCUCUGACUUUGGCUCCCUAGCAGGCCUAUACAUUUACCAGGUGCAGUAUUCUGGCAUUGAGGAUGCUUCGAUCAAAGUGACUUCCGGCUCGACAGCGUACGACUGUUGCGUGACCUGUAUCGAGAACUCCCUCUGCGCCUUGUCCUUAUUCGACGACGGCUAUUGCUUCAAUAUCGACACCACCACUGCCUACUGCUCCGAGUCGGCAGAUUAUGCCAAGAUUCUUCUAACCACCAGUGCGGAAGACUACGCGGUUUCAAACGGCAACUGUGGCCAUGCCAUCUAUGAAUAAUUGUAGAAUACAAAGUAGAGCAGCAACUUAUCAAUGUAGACAAUACAAGCAUCUAAUCCUGAUCCUCGAACGGACAGUUUGGGAGGACAUGAAUGUAACAACGCGUCACACCCGUAGGCCCAUAGACGAGCACCAUUGAAGAAGUCAAGGCACA